GUGUGGCUCGCGCUCCUGGUGAUCGUGGCAACAGCCUCUGUGGUGCAGGCGCAGUUCAGGCUCCCCUUGCCUUCGCCUCCAAGAAUUCUCUUCGGCGGCUUCAGGCCCUUUUUCUCCAGGCCACGCCCCCGACCACGCCCACGUCCUCCUGUGCUUGUCCCGGCGAAUCAGUUCCUCCAGCAGCAGAGAUUUCGUCUUUGCCUUGGGAGAAAUGGGAGAUUGCAUCGUUGUCACAGAUUUAGGACGGAGAACCAAAUAGUGCCACCUCCGCCACCACCUCCUCAGCCAGUCUUCAGGCCUCAGCCACAGCCACUACCACAGCCACAGUCCUCUGUCAUUUUUGCACCUCCACCCGUCUCCAGACCAACUCCACCACCUCCACCACCACAAGCACCACCCGCACCACCAGCCCAGCAGUUCCUCCCACCAAGUCCCCCGGUGAGCAACUCUGUGCAGUUCCGGCCUCCACCACCACCAUCUCCAGCUCCGGCUCCAAUCAACGAUGGCAGGAACUUUGGAUCUCCCAAGCCUGAUUCCCUCCUGCUACAGCCUCCACCACAAACCUUCAGACCAUCACAACCUGCAUCUCAGCCCCAGACAGUGCAGCCAUUCCCUGCACCAAUACCCGGUCCAAGUUCCAACAAUAUCCUUGGCAUGACCCCACCUCCCCCACCAGCACCACCAGCUCCUGCACCUCCAGCACCCCUUCCAACCCCAGCUAGACCUCCACCACCACCCAUUACUCUCCCACCGACCACACCACAACCUGUAACCGCACGACCAGUGAUCCCUGUUGCUCCUGUGUCAAACUCUUUAGACAACCUUUUGGUGAAUCCUGUUCCGUCUGUAAAUGCUGGAGUCCUUCCUCUUGCCAAUGAACAGCCAUCAGAGGACCAAAAGUUCCCUCCUUUCGUCUAAGUAUUUGUAAAUGAUUUAUUUGUAUCAUAUUUAAUGCACCUUUUAUUUUAUAAGUUGGCUAUCAUUCUUGAAAAAAUAUCAAGCUCAGCUUUUGUAAAAUAUUACAUUUCCCUUACAAAUUUGUGUGAAAUACAUUUAGUGUAAUGAACAUAAUUAUUGUAUCUGAUAACUGUAAAUUGUUAGGCACCAUAUGCCUGCAUAUUCUUUGCCUCAAAGCAAUAUUCCUUGUGCCACUUAAUAGCAUAUUGCCGAAGAUAAAUCUACGUCAGGAUACUACAUUACUUAAGCUAAACUGCUCUGCCUUAUCAACUGUAGUUUACUUAAUGACUCUUCACAGUGUAUAUGUUUUAGUGUACCUUGUAUUUCAGGUAUUAAGUUAACAAGAUAGAUUUUCAUUAGGUCAUGCAGCUAUUUUAUUAUACUAAAAUAUUAUAUUUACAAUUUUAUUUAUGAUUCCAUAUGCCAUAGCUCACCUACUUUAUAAUUUUAUAGUUUAAGAUUGUAAUUUUCCCAAAAGACAAAUUGCCGAAUCAUGUGUCAAUAACAUUUGCUUCAAUACUUAAAUGUUUGUUACUUUGUCAAUGAUCUUAUUUUUUAUGAAAGCACUGUUCCAUAGUAAUAUAAAGAAAAGUUGCAGCAUACUUGCAACUUACCCUUGCUAGCUAGAUAAUAAUACUUCAUUAUCAUGUUAAAACUCUGAAGAUACUGUAAUUGUAAAUAUGCCCUUGAAAGAGACCUGAAACUUUAUGUGAGAAUCUGUCAUAAUAGAUUUAUCUUUAGUCUGUACAUUUCACAUAUACACUGCAGUUUGGUGUUGGUUAUAAUCUUGCCAUAUGAAGACUAGGUUCUGGUGCUUUUAUGCUUAGCUCAUACAGGGACAAAGGAGGCAGAAUGAGGCAUGCAUCUCUGGAGAAAAAGUUUAGAUAUCUUGUUUGGAGAAGUUAGCAGGUAAAAAUUUAUAUAUGACAUUGAUUCUUUUUGGAAUCUUUAUGAUGAUGUGAAUUAUUUCCUGAAUUCAGGUGGCCUAAUGAGUGGUUUCAAAGGAUAUAUGAAUGCUAAGGAAGUUGAUAUAUUGAGGUAGUGAAGUGACAUGAAUACUGUAAGUAAACACUGGAUUGUAAUGUAAUGCAAGUCAUCGUAAUCAAGCUGUUAAAAAAUAAACAAAGGAUAUACACCGAAUAUCUAGAAAAACAGCUAAAAAAAACAAAGAAAAUCAUCCCAGUGUAAGCAUGUGUAUCAUCAGAAUAUAUUUGAUAAUGCACUUAGUCAUAUGCCUUAAAUACAUAUUCAUUGUAUCUCUAUAUACUUCUUAACCUAAUACCAGUCAAUACAUUUUCAUAUUUUUUCUCUCUUUCUUACUAUGAACGAAGCAGUAAGCAGUCACAUAUGACAAAUAUUCAAAAGAAAAAGGAAACCUUAUCAGAAAGGUAAAAAUGCCAUUGCAUUCUCAAUUAUGCAACUUGAUCUUAGUCCCAACACAGGUCUUGAGUGUUGGCAUCUUAAGUCAUUUUGCUAUCACAACUUAGAAUCCCAUUUCAUAUAUCCUGUAUCAUGUUUAUAUAAUGUAUAUGUAUCUUGAUGAUAUAUAUAUUUGUGAUGUUUAUACUUUAAAGGAAAAUGUUACAUACAUUAAUACAAAUAAAACCCUAAUGUUUGAUA